AUGGAGGCACGGGAGGUGAGGACCACGCAGGUGGAGGAAGUGAGGAAUGUGAUGGAGAAGAUUGAGCUCAACAAGGGACAGGAUGACCCACUGAGCACUUCAGAGUGGCAACUGGACCAUUGCAUCCAGCCUGCCAUUAUCACCAAAGACAUCUGCAUGGUCUUUUACUCCCGAGACCCCAACAUGUCCCCACCCCGUUCUCUCAAGAACCUCUUUGGGACUGGAUACUCCAAAACUCCUGACUGCAACCGAGUGACUGGGAUCUACGAGCUGAGCUUGUGUAAGAUGUCUGACACUGGAAGCCCAGGGAUGCAGAGGAGGAGGAGGAAGGUCCUGGACACAUCAGUAUCUUACGUGCGUGGAGAGGAGAGCCUGGCUGGCUGGAGGCCCAGAGGAGAUAGCCUCAUCCUAGAGCACCAGUGGGAGCUAGAGAAGAUGGAGCAGCUGCAGGAGCUUCAGCAGUGCCACCCUCACCCCUUCCUCUACCUGCCCCUCUCUGUCGGACUCCCGCUGUGGCUCCAUGGACCAGAAGACCCCUGAGAACAGCUCACGUGCCUCCAGUCCCUCCUGCUCAGACUAUGAAAAUUUCCCGAUGGUUCCCACUCUGGAGACCUCCUACCUUGCGCGGGCUGCAAAGAACGAGUUCCUCAACUUGGUGCCUGAUAUUGAAGAAAUGCGACCAAUCUGUUGUGUCCAAGAAGGGUUUUCUAAGCUUCAUGGAGCCUCGCUCUAACUCAUGGGUGAAGCAUUUUGUGGUUGUUCGCCGGCCCUACGUCUUCAUCUACAACAGCGACCAGGACCCCGUGGAGCGAGGUGUCCUCAACCUCUCCACAGCACAGGUGGAAUACAGCGAAGACCAGCAGGCCAUG